UGUAUACUUAGGAUUAGUUUGUACGCUGCUAAUCUCUUUAAUAUAAUCCCUAACUUGCAUAACUUACACUUGAUAAACAGUCAGUGAUACGUGUGAUUGAUAUAAAUUUUUUUGCAACACACGAAUAUCGACAAAAUUAUGAAAUUAUUAGUCUUUGCUAAACCACUAGUAAUUCAACACUCUCUGAAAAUAAUGAUAUAAUUUUCUGAGGUUUUUGUAGUAUUCUGUAUUUUGCUUUUAUUUAUGUAAACCAUUAUCCCUGUUAGCACCUCACUUUUAAAACAAGUUUGAGACGACGCCUUCAGCCGUGUCCAACAAAAUGUCUACUGACCAUUCUGAACCAUUAAUUAACUCAUUGGACGAAUUAAUUCUGCAUUUACGCGAGGCCUUCAGCACAAACGACGUAAAUAUCGAACACGUCGAAGAUCUAAUGAGCAAAAGCGAUCCUCGCGAUUGGAAUAGGCUCGCCAACUACGCCAAGUGCCCUUACACGAAAAAUCUGGUUGACGAAGGGAAUGGCAAAUAUGAUCUGGUUCUCGUGUGUUGGAGUGAGGGUGAAGGGUACACGGGAUCGCCGAUUCAUGACCAUUCCGGUUCCCACUGCUUCAUGAAAAUCCUUCAAGGCAUCCUUUCAGAAGUGAGAUUCGCCUGGCCCGAGAGCAAAGAUAACAAGUCGGGAAUCAUGAAACGUCGAAAAAGAAUUUGAAUCUGAAUAAGGUAUACUACAUGUCCGACAAGCAGGGACUUCACCAGAUGGAAAAUGCUAGUAAAACCGAACAAGCGGCCAGUCUCCAUCUCUACAUCCCACCAAUUAGAUCAUGCCACACAUUUGAUGGGAAAACGAGCCAUAAAACCAAGUGUGAGGUUACCUUCUGGUCGAAAUAUGGAAAAAGAGAAUAGUAGCGAAACUUUGCAAAUACAUAUAUGUUGACGAUACAACAAGAAGUAUGUCAGAAUAAAAUACGGAUAAAAUACUGUACUGAAGUAUG